UAUUAUUUUUAUCUAGAUUUCCAUUUCAGCAAUGUGUUGUGUGUUUGUUGGAGUUGAAGGUUGUGGUGUGCUGGGUCAGCUUGCAAAGCAUAACAGAGCAACAUAGGCGCAUGACACAACACACAAAACAAAAACCAAACUCUCCUAGUCCCCUGAGAUUUCUGUUUUGUUUAUGCUUAUGUUUAUGUUUUGUGGCUUUGGAGAUAGCUUUCCGAGUUCAGCUAAGUUGCUGUGUUCUUUUUGGGCAAAAGGGUUGUUGCCAUUAAACUCUAUUCAUUUCCCCAACUAGCUGAUCAAUCUAGGGUUAGGGGGAAGUUCUAAUUUUUCCAGUAGUGAAGUUUUGAUUUUUAGGUUUUGUUUGGGAAUUCGUCAUCUGGGUCUUGGGGGGUGGUGGCAGGUUGGGCAUUGUGGUUUGGGGGCGUUUUGGGAUUUUGGGUUUUGAUGAUUUGUGGGUUUGAUUCUUUAGGGCUUGAGAGAGAUGGGUUUGGGUGCUGAGAAUGGUAAGGUGGUGGAGCAUUUGGAUGUGUGUAAAUCAAAAGGUGGGAAAAAGAAAAAGAAGAAAGAGAGUGGGAUAGUUGAAGAGGAACAAGAGACUGGGUGUUGGGUUAGGCUUAGGUUAUUUGGGAGCUGCAUUUCUUCAAGAUCCAAGGUUGAUAGCUCUGUUAGUGGCACCAGCACCAAUUAUGCCGAAAGUAAAUCAACUAUUGACACAAGUAGAGACCAACCAACGCUUCCAGUUGUCUCUUCUACAACAACUAGUAAUGCUGAAAGCAAUGCAUCCACUUCCAAACUUGAAGAGGAGCUUAAAGUUGCUUUGAGGCUGCGAAAGUUCACUUUCAAUGAUCUUAAGUUGGCAACAAGAAAUUUUCGGCCCGAGAGUCUUCUUGGCGAAGGUGGGUUUGGUUGUGUGUUCAAGGGAUGGAUCGAAGAAAAUGGAACUGCUCCUGUGAAACCUGGUACGGGGCUCACUGUUGCUGUAAAAACCCUCAACCAUGAUGGACUCCAGGGUCAUAAAGAAUGGCUGGCUGAAGUAAAUUUUCUGGGUGAUUUAGUUCAUCCAAACCUUGUUAAACUUAUAGGUUACUGUAUCGAAGAUGAUCAGAGGUUGCUAGUAUAUGAGUUCAUGCCUCGGGGAAGUCUAGAAAACCACUUGUUUAGGAGAUCCCUGCCUCUUCCAUGGUCCAUUAGGAUGAAAAUUGCACUGGGAGCUGCAAAAGGUCUUGCUUUUCUUCACGAGGAAGCAGAACGACCAGUAAUAUAUCGGGAUUUCAAGACUUCCAAUAUACUAUUGGAUUCGGACUACAAUGCCAAGCUCUCUGACUUUGGACUCGCAAAAGAUGGUCCUGAGGGUGAUAAAACCCAUGUCUCCACUCGAGUGAUGGGAACCUAUGGUUAUGCAGCACCAGAGUAUGUCAUGACAGGACAUCUUACGUCAAGAAGUGAUGUGUAUAGUUUCGGAGUAGUACUACUUGAGAUGUUGACUGGCAGAAGAUCUAUGGACAAAAACCGACCCAAUGGCGAACAUAACCUCGUGGAAUGGGCUAGACCGCAUCUAGGAGAGAAAAGAAGGUUCUACCGGUUGAUAGACCCUCGUUUGGAGGGUCACUUCUCCAUAAAAGGAGCUCAGAAAGCAGCUAGUUUGGCUGCACAUUGCCUUAGUAGAGAUCCAAAGGCAAGGCCUCUCAUGAGUGAAGUCGUAGAAGCUUUAAAGCCUCUGCCAAACCUCAAGGACAUGGCUAGUUCAUCAUAUUAUUUCCAGACAAUUCAAGCCGACCGGUUCAGUGCAAGCCCGAAUACUAGAAACGGACGAACACAAGGCGCAUUACUGACGCGGAACGGGCAGCAUCCGAGGAGCCUUUCGAUACCACAUGGUACACAUGCAUCUCCAUAUCACCAUCAGUUUCCCCAACAAUCACCAAAACCAAAUGGAAAGGCACAGAGUUGAUGAAAUUUUCCAUUUUCUUUGCUACCCUUCUUCGUUUCAUUAUUUCUAAGUAUAGAUGUCAGUUCAGUCAAUCAAGCCAUUUGUUCAUGGAAAACUUGAGAGCAAAAGAAGCAUCUUUUGUUUUAUAAUGUGUUAUGAAGAAGAAUGUAAGGGAAGGUGAAUCUUAUUGAGCAACUUUGUCCUGUCAAAAUUGUCAACCGAUGUGUUUCUUCAGGUUGUUUGGAAAAUAUUCAAGAUUAUCAUUAGCACCUCAAAUUUAUAUUCUUUUGCUUAAACAAUUUCUUU